AUGAAUCCCGAAGAGAACGAAGUCAAAGAUGAGCGCUUGCAGCAUCAAGAAGAGGGGGUAGACGAUGAGGAAGAGAUUGCGGCGAUGAAGAGACGGGUAGCCGAAAUGGAAUCCGAGGCAGCGAAGUUGCGCGAGAUGCAAGCCACCCUUGAUCAACAGUCCGAGAACCUGCGGGAAGAUAAGGAAGAGAUCGAUGCGCGGAGUAUUUUCGUCGGCAACGUUGAUUACGGUGCUUCCCCGGAGGAGAUUCAGGCGCAUUUCCAGAGCUGUGGCUCAAUAAAUCGCGUUACUAUUCUCCUGGAUAAGUUUUCGGGUCAGCCGAAAGGGUACGCCUAUGUAGAGUUCGCAGAACCUAGUUUGGUGGCCCAGGCACUUGUCCUAAAUGAGAGUGUUUUCCGUGGCAGGAAUCUAAAGGUUGUCCCCAAGCGUACCAACUUGCCCGGCAUGAGUCGAGGCCGCGGACGAGGUGGCUUCCGGGGCCGGGGUUUCUUCCGUGGCGCCCCUCGGGGAGGCUACCGCGGAGGCUAUCGUGGUGGCCGGGGUCGGGGCUAUGCACCUUACUAA